GUUUAUCGUGUAGAUUUGAUCUUUGUUAAUUUACAAAAAUAUUGAAAAACGCAUUUACGAAAUGAAACUUUUUAUAGAGGCAAUUCCUUGACAUUUGAUAUCUCCAUAUAAAUUUGUGUAUGUAUUGGCAAUUAAACUUAGUAGACGAAAACAAAACGUUAAUCGACUAAAAUUUAACGGGAAUCACUGAUAACAUGACUAGGCAGUAGGCACAAGUUUGUUUUCGCUGUAACGCAUUUACUUCUCACAUGUGAUUUGUUGUAUGUUGUCGUUAUGUCGGGAGACAGGGAAAUUCCUGAAGAUGCUCCGGCACAUUGCCCGGGAACUGAAAGCGAAGAUGCCGGGAAAGCGUCUGCAUGUGCAGGGUGUCCAAACCAAAAUAUAUGCGCGGCUGCUCAACCCAAAUUGCCUGAUCCAGACUUGUCUAAAAUCCAAGAAAGCUUAGCAAACGUAAAACACAAAGUACUGGUUCUAUCCGGCAAAGGAGGUGUCGGGAAAAGCACUGUGACUUCACAUCUGGCCUAUGCACUGAGUGAAGACGUUGAUUGUCAUGUUGGUGUGUUAGACAUAGAUAUAUGUGGACCUUCCAUUCCUCAAAUCAUGGGAUUACAAGAUGAACAAGUGCACAGUAGUGGUUCAGGUUGGUCACCUAUAUAUGUGGAUGAUAACUUGUGCGUUAUGUCACCAGGAUUCUUGCUGGCAAGUCCAAAAGAUGCAGUGAUUUGGAGAGGACCUAAAAAGAAUGGUUUAAUCAAGCAGUUUUUACGAGAUGUUGAUUGGGGUAGUUUGGAUUACUUGGUUGUUGACACACCGCCUGGAACUUCUGAUGAACAUCUUUCCAUUGUAAAGUUUCUGUCAGAGGCAGGAACCUCUGGUGCAGUUAUAGUGACUACUCCUCAAGAAAUUGCCCUUCUUGAUGUACGAAAAGAAAUAAAUUUUUGCAAAAAAGUGAACAUUCCAAUAAUUGGAAUCAUUGAGAACAUGAGCAUGUUUGUUUGCCCAAAAUGCAAAAAAACUUCCAUUAUUUUUCCACCUGUUGAGAAUGGUGUUAGUGGAGUGGCACAAUCUAUGGAAAUACCGUUUUUGGGCAGCAUUCCCCUUGAUCCAUUAAUAGGCAAAUGCUGUGAUAAUGGAAACUCAUAUUUACAAUUACAUCCUGAUGCUGCAGGAACUGUAGCAUACAAAAAUAUUUCACAAAAAAUUAAAGACUAUUGCAUCAGCUUAAAUGAAAGCAAGGAUUGAGUACUAUUACACUUAAGUGAUAUUACUGUUUAUAUAAUGUUUGUUAAUAUCUGCAAUACUUGGUGUACAAGUACAAUAUUUAUUUUUGACGGUAUUUCAGAUAAUUUAAUGAACAAAUUAACACUCUAUGCUUCGAAUGUUGUGAGAACUUAAUCUGGAUUAUGAACCAAACAGUUUGCUGUAAAAAAAUAAAUCAGUAUCUGCCAA